AUGUUGGAAAUUCCGGGACAAAUCUUAAGAAAGUACACCAAUGCAAUGAAGAAGGUGAGCGAGCUCAACAUUACAAAUGAGAAAUUUUUUGCACUGGAAGAACAGUGGAGUGAGCAUGUAGAGAUCAUGAUGAUUCCAGCAACUCCUGCCGGUGUGCAAAUCCUUAUAGAUAAGGCAGAACAAGAAGCCAUGUCAGUAGGUAUUCUUACUACCUAA